AUGACACUAGAUAUCUUUGACCAAUUUACCUCCCCAACAAUAUUUGGGCUUCCACUAGCCUGAUUAGCUAUACUAGCCCCUAGCUUAAUAUUAGUUUCACAAACACCAAAAUUUAUCAAAUCUCGUUAUCACACACUACUUACACCCAUCUUAACAUCUAUUGCCAAACAACUCUUUCUUCCAAUAAACCAACAAGGGCAUAAAUGAGCCUUAAUUUGUAUAGCCUCUAUAAUAUUUAUCUUAAUAAUUAAUCUUUUAGGAUUAUUACCAUAUACUUAUACACCAACUACCCAAUUAUCAAUAAACAUAGGAUUAGCAGUGCCACUAUGACUAGCUACUGUCCUCAUUGGGUUACAAAAAAAACCAACAGAAGCCCUAGCCCACUUAUUACCAGAAGGUACCCCAGCAGCACUCAUUCCCAUAUUAAUUAUCAUUGAAACUAUUAGUCUUUUUAUCCGACCUAUCGCCCUAGGAGUCCGACUAACCGCUAAUUUAACAGCUGGUCACUUACUUAUACAACUAGUUUCUAUAACAACCUUUGUAAUAAUUCCUGUCAUUUCAAUUUCAAUUAUUACCUCACUACUUCUUCUAUUACUAACAAUUCUGGAGUUAGCUGUUGCUGUAAUCCAGGCAUAUGUAUUUAUUCUACUUUUAACUCUUUAUCUGCAAGAAAACGUUU